CGUGGUCAUGUAACAGUGGCGUGACGUCACUCAAUAGUAACCACGUCUUACAGCGUGAUCGUUGGUGGUCAUUGGUCAAAUCGACGCCAGAACAAUGCCGAAGAAAGAGAAAAAUAUCAAACUACCCGUUAACGCAGGACCAGUGAAGCCAAAUCCGCCAGCAUCAAUUAAAAAUGAAGCAACUUACAAAAAAGAAGUUGAAAAGUUUGUCGAUUCUCUGCUGGAAUCUGACUGGCAUCCAUAUUGCGGUCGGCCUCGUUCUGAUCUGCACGGCUAUUUCGUCAUCUUCCGGUGGGUGAACAAGGACAAGCUGUGGGUGCCGCUCUUCGCAGAUGUCGGCCAAGUGACCAAUCGGAUCAACCAGAUCUUCAGCGGCAAACACGCCGAGCCAAUCAGCAGAUACCUCUCAUCGUUCCCCAAGGAGCACCGGAAACUCAUCUGGAUCAAGUGGCAGCAAUUGGCGUUGGAGGAAGAGCUGCCGGAAUUGGACGAGGUGUUGAAAGUAGUGGCUAUGAAGUACAACAACGGCGAACGACCGGCCUUCAACUUCGAUAAAGAUGACCUUCAGGGACUUCCGUCAAAUUUUAGCAUUCUUGGUUAAUGCUCAUUUCGGUACAUACUGAUGUGUUACAGCACAGUCAUUCUCCCGGAUUCAGUGCUAGAUGCCAACAUAUUUACAUGACUGCCAAAAUUGAUAUUUCAUGGAAUAGCUUGUUACGCACAUGAUAAAAGUAAUAAAGUAUAUAGUAUCGA